UCGCUGGCGGCCAUUGUGGCUCUUAUGCUUUGCGCGUCACCGAGGGAUGACCUUCCUCCUCGCCGGAGCCCGAAUGUCGCCGGUUUCCUUGACGCUGUUGAAGGAGCAGUGGAUGUGAACACAGCGCCAUUUCUGUCGGCGUCCAUGAUACGCGAUGCUACCGCAGCGGAUUCCUGAGCUCGGAACGGCAGCGGGAGAGAAAUAGCCGCUCCCCUUUCGCUGCUUCUCUCUACUUCAGCCCACGGCAGGUGGUGCCGGUGAAGUAAGACGUAGCCCCAGAAUGGCUCCUUCUUACUGAGAUGCAAACACGUCUUGUGUUCUCAGCAGCUGAGAUCCAUCAGCAGCAUUAGCCAUGCCUGACGAGUAAUCCCCCCCUCUUUUUUUUGCUUAAAGCAAUAAAAAAAAAAGAAAAAAAAAAUCCUCCUACAUGCCUCCCCAUGUAGAGCCCCUUCAGUGCGUCCUGCUGGAGUGACCCCCCCUCUCCUGAUAGGUUCUGCCUCGCGUUCCUCACCCCCCCCCCCGACUCCUCUCCGCCAGCCGCCCUACAGUACCUACCCGUCACCAUGCUGCUUUACCUGAGAAUGGCCAACACCUGAUGGUCCCAUGCGUCCAGUGAGCACCGAUUCCGACGGUCCUGCUCCUCCUGAAAGCCUCUCUUGCCCCUACCCCCUCGUGGGCCCCCUGCCCGCCUCGGAGAUGUCCCUGCUCCAGUCGCUCGGGCCAGUGCAAAGCUGGCUCGGCCAGGAGCUGGAGAAGUGCGGGAUCGACGCCAUGAUUUACACCCGCUACGUCCUCAGCCUCCUCCUGCACGACAGUUACGACUACGACCUGCAGGACCAGGAGAACGACAUCUUCUUGGGAUGGGAGAAGGGAUCUGGGAAGAAAUGGGGCAAGAGCAAGAAGAAAGGAGGGACCGACCUGAGUCUGGAGGAAAUGAAGAAGCAAGCCGCCGUGCAGUGUCUUCGCUCCGCAUCCGAUGAGAACUCUGGAAUUGAGAGCCUGGUUGAAGAGCUUUGCUCGAAACUGAAGGACAUCCAAAACAAACAGAAAGAGGAAAAGCAGAUUCAAAAGAAGUCUGAUGGCUCUCAAUCUCCAGAGCGAACUGAGUCCCCCUCUUCAAAGGACCAGGUGGAAAUGUAUUAUGAAGCCUUCCCUCCUUUGUCAGAGAAGCCUGUUUGUCUCCAAGAGAUCAUGACGGUGUGGAACAAGGCCAAGGCCUGCACGUACUCAAGUUCCUCCUCUGCAGCCCCGCAAACCAGCACAGACACCUCUUCCCCCAAAGAUUGCAACAGCGAGGGCGAGGCUGCGAAGGAGCGAAACCUGGAGGCAUGCGGUACCAUCACUACGGCAACCAACGAGAGAGGCCAGCAGCGGCGGAGCAAGAAGGAGAAGGAGAAUCGAUACCACGGCGGCGCGGCGGGCGAGGAGAAAUCCGCCGUCCACUCCAAGAGGCAGAUGAGACACAGAUCUGAAGGCAAAUACCGACCGCGGUCCUGGUCUUCUGGCUCCAGUGAGGCUGGGUCGAGCUCGAGUGGGAACCAGGGCGACUCAAAGUCGUCCAGAAGCAAGACAGUUAGAAUAAGGCACAAAUCCAGAGAGGCUGCGAAGAGCAAGAGAACGCGCAACGGCGGGCAGGUGAAGCUGCAGGUGAAGGUCGUCGACAAGGACGAGCGAAGAAACGCGGGGGGAAGCGGCGGCGGCGCCACAGGCAGCAUUGCCAAACAACCACAGCUUUAUAAAAAGGGGAAGAGAAUGCUGAAGGAGAUUCGCAAAGAUCCGAGCUGGGCGGAAGCGAAGGAGUCUGCAGUAGAGGCCAGAAACAGAAAGGAAUACAUGGAGGAGCCGCUCUGGUACACCGAACCCAUCACCGAGUAUUUUAUACCGUUCAGCAGCAGACAGAGCAAGCUGGAAACAAAAUAUCGGAGCAAAGUAGACUCCUUCGACGGCUUCGACUUGCCAACUGACUUGGAGAGGUUGCCGGAGCGAAUACAGGGGAUCUGCAUUGCCAACGAGAGCUACCAGAGGGCGUACCUAGCGGCGGGCUCCUUCGUGGACGGGCACUUCGUGGAAGGGCCCGGCGACGCGGAAGACGACUCUGCCGAACUCACUGGGACCUCAAGCUGCCCUCAGCCAGAGGAUAGUAGAGAUUUAGAUGACAAGCAUCUGUCCGAAUUCACUCACUUCUAUGAAGUAGAUAUUUAUCAAUCCAUAUUGGAUACUAGUGCCUCAGACUCGAUACAAGAGAGUCGGAUCUUAAGCAUGAUCCGACAAAAAAGCAAAGAGCAAAGAGACGUUGAGGCAGAAUGUUGUUUAGUGUUAGAUGGCCUUGAGCAGCAAGGGAAAAGUGCAAUACGGGCAGACUCGCAGGACGCUUCGGGAUCUGCCGGAUUUCUAAUGGAGGAUCUGGAGAACAUGGCUCAAGUGUGGGGGUGCUACUCCCCGUCCACUUCGGAGGAUAUAGACGGAGAGAGCUUCAUAGGGGACUCUCCCAUCCGGCUCUCCCCUCUCCUCGAUAGCGUCUCGUUCACCCUGAGCAAACUGUCCGGAGCCCUGGAGGAGCCGUCUGUCCCUGAAGCCGCCAGUGACCGAUCCGGUCUGAACUCGUCCUGCUUCUCUCUCUUCGAGCUGCAGUACGACAGCCCCACUUUCCCUUUUCCCCGCGACUCACUCACCGCCGGUCACGAGAACAACACCGACUCCAGCAGCUGUCUCGACCCGCAUUCAAAUAAACAGUCUCGUUUGCUUAUAUGGACCAAAAAUAGUGCCUUCGAUGAAACUGAACACUGUUCGAACCUAUCAACGCGAACUUGCAGUCCGUGGUCGCAUUCAGAGGAGACCCGUUCAGACAACGAGCAAGGAGCCGCCCCUGCCGAGGACGCUGCUCAGACUGGCAACGAAGAGAUUGAUUGUAUCAUCCCUCCUCUCUCCGGUACAUAUCUGGAGGAUGAACUCUUGGAUUUUUUGCAGGACGACUCCGGCCGGAAGUGCGAGGAGGUCGGCGUCGGCGCGGCGUCCAAUCAGACCUUCACCAAAAAAUCUAAAUUGGAGUCCGUUUGCGGCAUCGCGUUGGAGAAGGACGAGAGUAAACAGUACAGCACUGGCAUGUUUUCGGACAACACAAACCAACAGAGUGAUGAUUACAGCUCAGGGAUUAUCAAAGACAUUUGGACUGCGAUCGGAGACGGCAAACAUGCAACACCGAGGCAGGAGGCGGAGAAGCCCCGGGAGGGGCUGUUCCCGGACGAGUCGGGCGGCUACCGCCGCGGCUGUCUGGAGGUGCAGGCGAAGGGCGCUCACGGCCAGGGACCGCAGAAGAAAGCGGUGCAGCGGUCCGAGUACCACCUGUGGGACGGCAAGAAAGACGAGCAGGACCUGGCCAAAAACAAACUCUCCAAGACCGACGGCGCCGGGGAUUACAUGACUCCGUCCAAGCCCUGGGACCUGACGUCCGAGAAGGAGAGCACGUCGUUCAUCCUCGGAGGGGUGUACGGAGAGCUGAAGACACUAAGCGGCGAUAAGAACUGGGCCGUCGUGCCGCCGAGCGACACCCAAGGCAGCCUGCUGCAGUGCACCGCCGCCGCCGCCGCGUCCGGCUCGGAUAUGCUCACCAUCACCGGCACGGACGUGUUCAUGAACUCGGGCAGCUGCUUCGCCCCGGGACACCGGCCCCUGUGGAGGCCCCUGGUGUCCUUCGGGCAGAGCGACCAGGCCAUGAAAGGAGGCGGGGACGGAUUGAAUAAGGGAUUCUCCUUCAUCUUCCAUGAAGAUUUGCUGGGGUCGUACGGAGGCUUGCACGGCGAGGAGCAAGGUUUAGAAUACCCGUUCGCAUCCUUCAACCUGAACAAUCCCUUCUCCCAGGUCCUCCACGUGGAGUGCUCCUUCGAGCCCGAGGACAUGGCCUCGUUCAGUCCGGGGUUCAAGCCCAAAUCCAUCCUUUGCUCGGACUCGGAGAACGAAGCCUUCCACCCACGAAUAUACGGCAUCAACCGGACGCAAUACAGAGCCAUUCGCAUUUCCCCCAGGACUCAUUUCCGACCUAUAUCGGCCUCAGAGCUGUCUCCCGGUGGAGUGAGUGAUUCGGAGGCCGAGACUGACAAAGAGGAGAUGAGUUUCCCCGUCCUGGCGCCGGUGGACGUCUUCGACGACCCCCAGGCGGACCUCAAGCCUCUGGAGGAGGAUGCGGAGUGCGAGGGCCCCUAUUACGGGAAGUCAGAACUGGAAUCUGGUAAAUUCUUACCCAGAUUGAAGAAGUCUGGCAUGGAGAAGAGCGCCCAGACCUCUCUGGAUUCACAGGAGGGCUCCGGCGCCCUCCUGCCAAUCGCUGAGCAAGAGAUUUGCUUAGACUGCGAGACGGCGGCGGCGGCGGCGGCACCGGGUGCGGGCGGACCGCCGGACGCGUCGGUCGACAAGGUUCAGAAAGACGAGCCUGCGGGAGAGAAACAGUCCUGCAUAUGUUCACCAGCGGGCCAGAUCCCCAAGUACGGGAUCGCUUAUGACUUUGUUGGACACGUGCCAGAGUUCCCUCUGCUGAAUAUAGGCGGACAGGGAGGAACGGGCAGCCAACAAGACGAGUGCUGGUGGCAGAACACGAUCUGUUCCCCUCUCUUCCCUGGAUCACAGUGUACAGGGAGCAGCAACAUUUGAAUACUCCAGUUUUGCAAGAGGACGCCCGUCGCUGAGAGGGAAAACCUUCCCUCUCCCU